CAACAGGUGCGGCAGGUGUCAUGGUGCGUGACGGUGGUGGUGGUGAGCGACGACCUCGCCUUCCUCGCCGCCUUCGCCCAGUGGUCCCUCAAGGGCCGCCUCCUGGUGUGGUCGACGAGGCUCCUGGUCCUCACCCGCCUCCCGCUCCACCACCUUCAGGUUCUCCACACACUGCUCUCCGUGACCAACUCCAUGCUGCUCGUUGUGGAAAAUGACUCGAAAAGUCAACGGUGCAGUGUGUACAUCCAGCUGCCGUACAGUCCCAGGGGAGCCCAGGCGCUGAAGGUGGCCUCCUGGACGCCCCACCAAGGCCUAGCCCUCACCUCCAGUCUCCCGCUCUUCCCAGACAAGUUCUCCAGACUCCUUCAUCACCCGACGUUAGUAGUGGCAGGGGAGGUGUACCCGGGUCAGACGGAGGAGCUGGUCGACGACCCUGGUGCGCCCGAUGGCAAGAGGCUGGUCUUCAGGGGGCCCGCAGCGAGCGUCCUCGACUACCUUGCUCAAGCUAUCAACUUUUCGUAUACUUACAUACGGGAGCAUGAUGGUAAUUUUGGCACCAUGUUGAACAGGGUCAUCAGGAAGGAAGCAGAUAUCGCGUUAGGUCCCUUCGCUGUGAGUUUCAGUCGUCUUGAAGUGGUCGACUUCUCGUGGCCAAUACACAUUGGAUUGUCGAAGAUCCUGGGAGGUCGAGGGCGGCCGGAGGUGGACCCGUGGGGUUUCUUGUUGCCCUUCACGCCCCUGGUGUGGGCGGCCAUCCUGACCUCGCUGCUGGUGAUGUCUCUGACAGUGUCUCUUUUAAGCUCCUGCUCCUCUCAUGAGAUCGCUGAUGCACAUCUUUGGUUUUCAAAAACCUUCAACUAUAUUCGCGUAUUAUUACAACAGGACUUGAGCAGAUCGGAUGAGUGGUGGUGGGAGAGGAUGGUGAUGCUGGUGUGGAUGAUGGUGAUGCUGGUACUAUCACGGAGCUACUCGGGCAACCUCUUGGCUCUCCUGGCCGUCAGAUACAUUCCUCAUCCCUACCAGACCCUCGAAGACGUUGUGCACGACCCCUCAGUCAAAAUGAUAUGGAAAGCUAACACCAUAUAUGAAAACUAUUUUCGAACGUCAACAUCGGGCAUCUACCACAAGGUUGGAGACCUGGAGACUAGGGCGCGGGUGGUCCGGAGACCACACUCCCAGAUCCUGGCUGCCCUCGAUACCCUGGUCAGGCGCGGAGACCACGUCCUCCUCGACAAUGACGCCAGUCUCAUCAACCUUAUGGUUGAUGAUUUCCUGCGCACAGGAAGGUGUGAUUUCUACAAGUCUAGGGAAGGGUACUUUGCCUUCCCAUACUCGCUCGUCCUGCAGAAGGACAGUCCUCUUCUUCCUAGUGUCAACAAAAGAGUGCUGGACCUGAUGGAGGCCGGCUUCUAUCUGUACUGGACCGGGGAGUCAGGCACCAGCGCCUCACCCUGUGCCUACCCGCCCUCAAGGGUCACUGUCAACACGGCCCUCGCAGUUUCUGACCUCUGGGGUAUGUUCCUAAUGCUGCUUGGUGGCCACGUCGUGGGUCUGCUGGCGCUGCUGCUGGAGGCUGUCACCACCCGGAUAUAAGUCUUCUGAUGCGCGUUUCACAUCACCUGGAAUAAGGA